AUGAACUCUGACUACCCUCCUCUAACCCGUCCAGGAGCUGAACCCAUACCUCCCGCUGCUGAGGGGACCCAAAAUUCCCCAGAAGAAAUUGAACCAAACGAGAAGAAGAAGAAGAAGCUGCCUUAUCUCAGCAAAGACUCUAAACGAGGUUCGCGGAACAGCUCAAGCAACCUGACAGUCAUUUGUCCCGAUGGAGACAUGAUUAUUGAGUAUGUCGAAUCCUCGUCAACAGGCAAUCGAUACUGGCAAUUAUCCAGUCAAGACCUCAUGCACAACAGCCCAUACUUUCAGGCACUUUUGGAUCCAAACAAGUUCGCCGAAGGAAGACUUGUCGCGGAAUACAAACAAAGAAAAGCGCCAAAUGGAGCUGAUCUGACCUCCAGUGUCAACACGCAUGGCAAUUUUGACGCUCUUGGAUUUGACCUGCCCAUAGUCAAAAUCUCUGAAACUCGUCUUACGAAAUUAUGUGGGGCAGGGGCCAUCGAACUAUUUCUGAAAAUCCUCUGCGCAGAGGGCUUGGGCAAGGACAAACAGGUGAUCUUCGACAGCGAGCUGAAAGUUAUGCCUCCGUCCAUUGUUGUAAGGACCAUCGAGAUAGCUGAGUCUUUCAGCUCACCCAAUAUUGUCAAGCAAACUCUUAAAAGAGCUUGGUAUAUGUUUGGCAAGACCAAGAUCUCUUGGAAUAAAUUUGGCUCUCCUCUCUUGAAGCAAACCGAAGAGCGCGUCCGGCAGAUAAUAGUCAUUGCUGAAUUCAUUGGAGAUUACUCGAUCGCAAAAGUUAUGAUGCACACGCUGUUAGUCAUGGGAUCGAAAUAUUGGGAUGGCCGUCCAGAGCCACCUGCAACCGAUCAUCUUCGAUGGCAAUAUCUCCCGGGGGGAGUAGAAGAAGAGCUGUAUUACCGGCGGCAAUGUGUCAUGAACACCAUCACCGACUUGCAAGCCCACUUCCUUCGCGUCUACGGGGGUCUUGAAGAGAUCCCCAAGACCAAUGACCUCAUGGCUGCAUCAACUCGACCCACGCUGGGCACGACAUUCUCUACCUCAAUACCCCAUAGUGAAUAUCUAAGAUACCAGUGUCGGGCCGGGUUUGGAAAUGGAAGCCAGUGCGAUCUGUUCCACUUGGGCCAAAUGACUCGAUUCUUUGCGCUCAAAUCGAAGAGUAUCUUCCUGGGGUCUACCCUGAUCGAUCCUGAUUUCAGCAUGGUUGAAGACGACGACGACAAGCAAAAUGGAAACCCACAAACACCAGCUUAUGCAACUCCACCUUCAGCUAUCAUUUCCCUCUUUGCAUCCUUGAAGCAAUACCCAGAUUACCAAAUCGACACAACCCACCAUGGCUGCGGAGUACGACGUCGAAUCCUCCCCGUGCUGAACGGUAUUGAGAAAUACAUUCUAGACCCACGAGGCCUUCUCGGUAUCGAUUACAAGGAGUGGAAAGACUCCUCUAAACGUCCGCAAAUUGAAUGGUGCAGUAAGACCAGCCGCAAAGGACACACUGUGGACAUCCGCUUUGAGAAAAUUGUCGGCAUACACAUGUCGUCGCCCAAGUUUUCUUUCGUUACAGCUACUACCUCAGAGGACGAGGCGAGGCUAUUGUUCACUGCCAAGAAACGGAAUUGGGAAUCUUACGAAGGUCUUAUGCGUCCAGGAACCUAA